AUUGUAUUUGUGCCUUCAAAAUGUGUAUCAGUCUUGUUAUCAAGCGAAUUGGGCUUUAUCUUGUAAUCAUCAAAACGAUCUUUUACUUCCUGACCAACCAAACCAGCACUUUUCGCUCCAUUUGGUGCAAGUUCAGCAUUUUCCUGAGGAAAUUGUUCUUUAUCAUGAGGCUCUGGUAAAUGACCACGUUUUUCACAGUUUGGAUUAAUUGUAUUUGUGCCUUCAAAAUGAGU